AUGUCCAGUUCGCGCCCGCACCACGGCGUCCAUGGCCCCUCCAAGCACGGCCGCCUCCACCGCCGCGGCCACUCCGCCUCGUCCGUGACAAGUCCUCUGAGCCCCGGCCAGUUUACAUUUAGUCGCUCCGAGACCCCCGUCACCUACGAGGAGCCCUGGACCGACAUUGCACAACCUAUGCCUGCCGCGACGUCGCACUCCCACAAGAUCAAGCCCUACUUGCGCAAGCUGUCCUCCAAGGACAACGAUGACCUCGAUCUCUCCCGCCCCGCCGCCGAGAACGAGCGCCUCGCUGGCUUGGGCAUCGUCGACUAUGGCGGUUACACGCGAACGGUAGGCGACGUCAAUUUUGCGUCGGUGAAGUCGCGCAAUCACGCCCGCAGCACCUCCAACACGUCGCAAUUCUCUACGUCCUCCAGUUUGCAGCGACCUAUGCCCUCCAUUCGCCAAUCACCACGGCCGUAUACACCGCCAAUUUCAAAGUCAACGCCCGCGUCCACGCUGCUCAACGCUGACCACGAGCCCGCGGACAACAUCAUGACCGACGACGAGUUCCGCAUGCGCCAGGCUGCGUACGACCCCACGCGCAAGUCUGGGUCGCUCUCCAGCUCAACACCCGGCCAAGCUGCGCCAGCGCUGCGCAUACACACCACCGGAUCAUCGUCAUUCUUGGCUGGGAGCUACUCGCAAUCUACCGUCUCACUUACGUCGCCCAUUGCGCAGUCCAGAUCUCGAGGCGAUACCGUAAAGUCCAUGGACACCACGUCGCCCAGUUCCCGCACAUCCUUCGACAAGGCCUUUGGCUUCAUCCGCCCUGGCCGAGACUCUCCAAUCGAUGCACAGUCACGUGCCGCAUCCAUACGUGCUGCACGGCAGGCCUUUGAAGAGAAGGAAGCAGCCAAGGAGCGCAAGUACGACCGUGAUGUGCACAAGAAGGUUGAGCGAGAGACGAAGAAACAAUAUAAGAGAGAUGAGUAUGAACGACGCAAAUCUGAGUCGAAUGAUAAGAAGCGCUCCCGCAGCGUUUCUGAUGCGACCAGCUACGAGCGGGCCUCGCGCCCCUCCGUAGGCGCCCGACAGUAUUCUGACCACCGCGAAGCACACACGAGCACCUUGCCCAAUCUUGUGCCCUUGGCUGACCCAGAGAAGAGUGGCUAUGCACCAACACCCAAGGUGACCAAGAGCCGACAAGCCAAGGGACGGUGGCUUAGAUUUCUCAUCUGGUUCAAGACGCGCUUCCUACGUAUGGGCACGAAGUUGCAUGUGCAGCCUUGA